AUGUCGACGUUUGAGGUGCAGGGUCAGUCUCCUCCUCGCUGCGGCCCGCAGUUCCCCAGCCUGGGCCAGGAGCCCCCCGAGCUCAGCAUGUACAGCGACUGCUACUACCCUCCGCCGUCGCUGCCGAGUCCGCAGCGCACCGCGCCGACCGCCUACGACCUGAGCGACUACGCCGCCUCCUCCCCGAACCCGUACCUGUGGUUCAACGGCUCCGGGAUCAACACGCCGCCGUACCUGGCCGCCGCGGGGCCGCCGGGUAACCCCGGACCCCCCUUUGUCCCUCAGCACUACGGAAUGCAGAGGCCUUACCUGGGUCCGGCCGGCGCCGGGGUUCCGGGAGGGGAGCUGAGCUGGUUCUCCCUGCCCUCGCAAGAGGACCUGAUGAAGCUGGUCCGGCCGCCGUACUCCUACUCCGCCCUCAUCGCCAUGGCGAUCCACGGGGCGCCGGACCGGAGGCUGACGCUGAGUCAGAUCUAUCAGUACGUGGCCGACAACUUCCCGUUCUACAACAAGAGCAAAGCGGGCUGGCAGAACUCCAUCAGACACAACCUGUCGCUCAACGACUGCUUCAAGAAAGUCCCGAGAGACGAGGACGAUCCAGGCAAGGGCAACUACUGGACCCUCGACCCGAACUGCGAAAAGAUGUUCGACAACGGAAACUUCCGUCGCAAGAGGAAGAGGAAGUCCGAUUCCCUCCCCGGCGCCGACGGCGGCUCGGGGGUCCCGGAGUCGUGCGACAGCGAGCGGGGGAGCCCCGAGGACUCGACCGGCCUCAACAUCUCGCCCGCGCCGGACCGGAUCCCCUCCCCGUCGUCGGCGGGCCCGGCGGCGGCGCCGUCGUGUCUCAGCAGCUUCCUGUCCGAGAUGUCCGGCGUGACGUCCGGCGGCGAGGUGGUGGGAGGCGACGGGCUGAACCGGCCGCUGCAGAUCAACCUGGACGGGCCUCACAGAACCACGCAGCCCGGCGGCUUCGGCAGCUACUCCCCCAACUCGGGCGGGCCGGAGUGGGGGCCCCACGGCCCGGCCGCCCCCGUGCUCUCCUCCUCGCCCGCCCACGCCUCCCUCGGCUACGCCGGCCCCGUCCUCAGCCAGUACAGCGGGUCCAGUGGGCAUUUCUACCCCACGCUGGGCUCGACAGGCAUCAUCUACCACCGCGAGGGCACCGAGGUGUGA